GAAUAUCAAAUUGAUAUAUUUUUCGCCCAGACGUGGACAGAUAGCCGUCUUCGCUUCAACAGCACCAUGAAAAUACUGACUCUGAACAGCAACAUGGUUGGCUUGAUUUGGAUCCCAGACACAAUAUUUCGAAACUCAAAGACAGCAGAGGCUCACUGGAUCACCACCCCCAACCAACUCCUCCGCAUAUGGAAUGAUGGCAAGAUCUUGUACACUCUCAGGCUUACCAUCAAUGCUGAGUGCCAGCUGCAGCUGCACAACUUCCCAAUGGAUGAACACUCUUGCCCUCUGAUAUUCUCUAGCUGUAAGUACUGCUUUGAUGCCUUAUUGUUGUAUAUGACUAGUAUGCAGAGAUACGAGUUUGAUUCUGAUUUCUGUCAGGUUGUUCAACCAUUUGGCAACAG